AUGGCGCGCAUCAAAACCCGCAUCCUCAUCCUCUCCGACACCCAUGGGCACUCGCCCGUGCCCACCCGCGCCGAGGAUGACCUCUCCCUGACCAGCGACUUUUGCCUCGCCACCACCGGCUAUCGUGAGCCGCUUCCCUCUGCCGAUGUCGCCCUGCACUGCGGCGACCUGACAACCCGUACCACGCCCUGGGAGUUUCGCCGCACCGUGGCCAUGCUGCGCAGCCUGCGCGCGUCACUCAAGAUUGUCAUCCCCGGCAACCACGACCGCGCUCUGGACGAGGCCUUCUGGACAUCCACGCAGGACAGCGGCAACGGAUACGUCAUGACAAAGGAUCCCGAGUAUAGAACAGAAGCACUGGAGCUCCUGGAAGAGGCCAAGAAGGACGGGGUCGUGUACAUUGGAAAGGAGGGCGAGUACUCCUUCCCGCUGGCAAACGGCGCCGUGCUGCGCAUCUACGCAAGCCCGUGGACGCCCGAGUACGGCACCUGGGGUUUCCAAUACAGCCCAGAGACGGGCCACGACUUUCACAUCCCCGCCGGCAUCGACAUUGCCAUGACGCACGGCCCGCCCAGAGACGUCCUCGACCUCGCUGGCUUCAACCUGCCGCAGUACAACAUGCAGCAGGAGCACGCCGGGUGCCCCGACCUCUUCACCGCCGUGGCCCGGGCCAGGCCGCGCAUACACUGCUUCGGGCACAUCCACGAGGCGUGGGGCGCCUACCUCGCGCGCUGGAGGGCGGAUACGAAGAGUACAGAAAAGCACACCACGGUGGAGAAGGCGAUUGAUGCGGUAGCGUCGAGGAGCAUCGUCCGGCUGCAGGACAUCAAGCCCAUGACGGUGCUGGAUCCGCCGGCGACGGAGGAGCAAGCCAAGCAGCUGAUGGAAUGGAGCAGGCAGAUGGGCGUGCACAUCAACUUGGAGGAGGCGAGGGGAGAGGGCCACGAGGUAGAAGAUACGCUGUUUUUGAAUGCGGCGAUUGAGGGGCAUCGGCAGAAGCCGUCCCAGCUGCCGUUUAUUAUCGACAUGUUGCUGGACAAGACUACGUAA